GACUGUUAAUAAAGUGCCUUGGAGAGGACUGCGCGUGCCCUACCGUAUCCAAAACCAGAGUUUUCUUUGUGGAAGAAAGCGACUUGUGUCCUCCCCCAGCAUCACACACAGACUUUCCUGGCAGGCCCGAUGGGUUUCCAAACAUUUCGUCACCGUCUCCUCCUGACCUUGGUGUGAAAGGAACGAGCCGCGUGGCCUGUUGGUUCCAGCAAAGCCAUCGGGGGGCACCGUUCCUGGGCUGGGGGAGGGUGGCGACUGACUCUGGAGUGGAGGUGAGGUCUGCUGGAAAUCCCCAGCCCGGGCAGCCGCCGGAGGUUUAAAGACGCCUUCCCCUGCCUUAUUUGGUCUCAGGAAGUAGGCGGUGCCGGGCCUGCUAGCUGAGAGGCCGACCCGAGACAGUUGUGCUGAUGAAGUGGUAGAGCUGGUUCCUGCUCGCCGCCGUGCCGCGCCCGCCGGCCGGCCGCUGGGCGCUCCGCGCUCCCAGCCCGGAGUUGUGCAAUCCUUUGUAGCACGCCAGAGAGUGCUCCUCCUUCGCCGUUGCCUCUCGCCCUCUCUCUCUCUCUCUUUUUUUUUUCAAGCUGUGAGCUCAACCGAUGAGUCAGAGCAGUGCAAUCCUGACACUGCAUCGCAGGACUGGGGGUGACACGGAGGGAGGGAGAGCGAUCGCGAGGAGGAAACCACGGGCGCGGGGUGCGUCGAGGCUCCUGCGCCGCAAGCAAGGGGUGACAGCCCGCGCGUCCCGCCCGGGCCCCGCCAGCAAACUUCCCAGCCUCGGGAGGCGCGGGCUGGCGGAAACGCUGAGAGUGCCGCGGGGCGGCGGCGGAGGCGCCUGUUUGUUUUUAAAAUCGGGAGUGCGUGCAGGCGGCUGGAGCCUGGGAGGCGACCGAAGGCGGCGGCCCGCGGCGGAAAAAGGACAGCCGAUGCGGGAGCUCGGGCCGGAGCGGGGCUCCAGGGCCCUGCGGAGCAUCAUGACCCGGGGCGAGUAGAGGAGCCCGAGAGCCUCUCUGCAGAAAGGAAGGAAGAGCCUGCCGUUCUUUCUCCCUGUGCCUGACCGCAUCAUCCAGCAUUUCCGCUGGUCCUCCCGCUGGCUGCUGGAUUAGGGCCGGCCUUCCAGCAGGACCAUCCCCCAGGGGAUGGGCGACUGGUGAAGUAGGUCUCACUGCCGGGGCCCCCGUUGGCCACACCAUGAACCUCCAGGCCCAGCCCAAGGCUCAGAACAAGCGGAAGCGUUGCCUCUUUGGGGACCAAGAACCAGCUCCCAAGGAGCAGCCUCAGCCCCUGCAAGCCCCCCAGCAGCCCCCAGCCCCUCCGCAGUCCAGAGUGAAGGAGGAGCCUUACUUUGCUCACGAAGGUCCAGCAGGGGCUGUUCCCCACUCCCAGCCGGUGGAACUGCCCCCUUCCAACAGCCUGGCCCUACUCAACUCUGUGGUGUACGGGUCUGAGCGGACCAUGCUGUCCCAGCAGGUGGGCUCGGUCAAGUGGCCCAACUCCGUGAUGGCUCCAGGGCGGGGCCCGGAGCGGGGAAGGGGCGGGGGUGUCAGCGACAGUGGCUGGCAGCAGCAGCCGGGCCAGCCUCCACCUCACUCGACGUGGAACCGCCACAGCCUGCCCCUCUACAGCGGACCCAAGGGGAGCUCUCAUCCUGGCAUGGGGGUCUCUACCUACUACAACCACCCAGAGCCUCUGAAGCGAGAGAAGGGAGGGGGGCCGCAAUUGGACCACUACGGAAAUGCUGUGCGGCCCAUGGUGCCGCCCAAGGUGCAGCUGGAGGUGGGGCGGCCCCAGGCGCCCCUUAACUCUUUCCACGUGGCCAAGAAGCCCCCAAACCAGACGCUGCCCCUGGAGUCCUUCCAUUUGGCGUUCGGCCACCAGGUGAACCGGCAGGUCUUCCAGCAGGGCCCACCACCCCCCAAUCCCGUUGCGGCCUUCCCGCCCCAGAAGCAGCAGCCACCGCAGCAGCAGCAGCAGCAGCAGCAGCAGCAGGCGGCCCUGCCCCAGAUGCAGCUCUUCGAGAACUUCUACUCCAUGCAGCAGCCACCACCCUCUCAGCAGCCCCAGGACUUUGGCCUGCAGCCGGCCGGGCCACUGGGGCAGUCCCACCUGGCCCACCACAGCAUGGCACCCUACUCCUUCCCCCCCAACCCUGACAUGAACCCAGAACUGCGCAAGGCCCUCCUGCAGGAGUCGGCCCCGCAGCCUGUGCUACCUCAGGCCCAGAUCGCCUUCCCCCGCCGUUCCCGCCGCCUCUCUAAGGAGGGCGUCUUGCCUUCCACCGCCCUGGAUGGGGCCGGCACCCAGCCCGGGCAGGAGCCUGCCAGCAAUCUGUUCCUACAUCACUGGGCCCCGCAGCAGCCACCACCCGGCCCACUGGGGCAGCCCCAUCCUGAAGCUCUGGGGUUCCCAUUGGAGCUGAGGGAGUCGCAGUUGCUGUCCGAUGGGGAGAGACUGGCACCCAAUGGUCGGGAGCGGGAGGCUCCCGCCAUGGGUGGUGAGGAGGGCAUGCGGGCGGUGGGCACAGGGGACUGUGGGCAGGUGCUACGGAGUGGGGUGAUCCAGAGCACCCGACGGAGGCGCCGGGCAUCCCAGGAGGCCAAUUUGUUGACCCUGGCCCAGAAGGCAGUGGAGCUGGCCUCGCUGCAGAACACAAAGGAUGCCAAUGGCUCUGAGGAGAAGAGGAAAAGUGUGUUGGCUUCAACUACCAAGUGUGGGGUGGAGUUUUCUGAGCCUUCCUUAGCCAAGCGAGCACGAGAGGACAGCGGGAUGGUGCCCCUCAUCAUCCCAGUGUCUGUGCCUGUGCGAGCAGUGGACCCAACUGAGGCAGCCCAAGCUGGAGGUGUUGAUGAGGAUGGAAAGGGUCCCGAGCAGAACCCCGCUGAGCACAAGCCGUCAGUCAUUGUCACCCGCCGGCGGUCCACCCGUAUCCCUGGGACUGAUGCCCCGGCUCAGCCUGAGGACAUGAACGUUAAGUUGGAGGGGGAGCCUUCAGUGAGGAAACCAAAGCAGCGGCCGAGACCUGAGCCUCUGAUCAUCCCCACCAAGGCGGGCACUUUCAUCGCCCCUCCCGUCUACUCCAACAUCACCCCCUACCAGAGCCACCUGCGCUCUCCUGUCCGCCUCGCCGACCACCCGUCCGAGCGGAGCUUUGAGCUGCCCCCCUACACACCACCCCCCAUCCUCAGCCCCGUGCGGGAAGGCUCUGGACUCUAUUUCAAUGCCAUCAUGUCGACCAGCAGCAUCCCAGCCCCUCCUCCCAUCACGCCAAAGAGUGCCCAUCGCACCCUGCUCCGGUCUAAUAGUGCCGAAGUCACCCCGCCUGUCCUCUCUGUGAUGGGAGAGGCCACCCCAGUGAGCAUCGAGCCACGGAUCAAUGUGGGCUCCCGGUUCCAAGCGGAAAUCCCCUCAAUGAGGGACCGUGCCCUGGCCGCUGCAGACCCCCACAAGGCUGACUUGGUGUGGCAGCCAUGGGAGGUCCUGGAGAGCAGCCGGGAGAAGCAGAGGCAAGUGGAAGACCUGCUGACAGCUGCCUGCUCCAGCAUUUUCCCUGGAGCUGGCACCAACCAGGAGCUGGCCCUGCACUGUCUGCACGAGUCCAGGGGAGACAUCCUGGAAACGCUGAAUAAGCUGCUACUGAAGAAGCCUCUGCGGCCCCAUAAUCACCCGCUGGCAACUUAUCACUACACAGGCUCCGACCAGUGGAAGAUGGCUGAGAGGAAGCUGUUCAACAAGGGCAUUGCCAUCUACAAGAAGGACUUCUUUCUGGUGCAGAAACUGAUCCAGACCAAGACCGUGGCCCAGUGCGUGGAGUUCUACUACACCUACAAGAAGCAGGUGAAGAUUGGCCGCAAUGGGACGCUAACCUUCGGGGAUGUGGAUACGAGUGAUGAAAAGUCAGCCCAGGAAGAGGUUGAAGUGGAUAUUAAGACUUCCCAGAAGUUCCCAAGGGUGCCUCCUCCCAGAAGAGAGUCCCCAAAUGAAGAGAGGCUAGAGCCCAAGAAGGAAGAAAAGGAGACCAGAAAGGAGGGGGAGGAGGAGAUGCCAGAGACCCAGGACAAAGGGGAGCAGGAAGAGGGGCGAGAGCGAAGCCGGCGGGCAGCGGCUGUCAAAGCCACACAGACACUACAGGCCAAUGAGUCGGCCAAUGACAUCCUCAUCCUCCGAAGCCACGAGUCCAACGCCCCUGGAUCUGCGGGUGGCCAGGCCUCCGAGAAGCCAAGAGAGGGGCCGGGAAAGUCACGAAGGGCACUACCUUUUUCGGAGAAGAAGAAAAAAACAGAGACUUUUAAUAAGACCCAGAAUCAGGAGAACACUUUCCCUUGUAAAAAAUGCGGCAGGGUGUUUUUCAAGGUGAAGAGUCGCAGCGCCCACAUGAAGAGCCACGCGGAGCAGGAGAAGAAGGCAGCUGCCCUGAGGCUGAAGGAGAAAGAGGCCGCGGCCGCUGCAGCCACUGCGGCCGCCUCCCCGCACCAGCCGGCCCUGCGGGAGGAGAGCGGUGCAGGCGAGAGAGGCUGACGCCUGGAGCUCCCGAGCCUACGGAGGGAGAGAUCGCGUGGACUUGUCUCUGCAAAACGAAUACAAUUCAAUAAACGGCCCUUUUUAUUUAUAAAGGCCCCAGGAGCAGUGUAAAGGGCUGUAGGAUCCAGUUCUCUUGCAUUUGGUCUGUUGGAAGUUUUCCUCCCCGCUUUCCAGGAACUAGGAGAGUCCCUGCUUGCCGGGGCUACCCCUGGGGAGGGGCCCCAGCGCCACAAUCUCACCACGCAGCCGCUUCCGUCUUUGUUCCCCCUGCUCCCGUCGGUCACCAUGGAGAGCAAAGCACAAGUGCGCCCCCUCGGCAGCAUUCAUCUCCCCCGCCCCAGGGGACCUGCCCAGGCCCUGCCCGCCCGAAGUCCCAGAAAGAGCGAUUCCCUGGGAAGGAGUGUGGUGGCUCUCUCCGAGAGGGAGCUCAGUCUGGCUGCUCCGGUAACUGUCCUUAGAGAGGCCACCUCCUCCCCAGGAGGGAGGCUGCCAGAACGGGGCGGGCGGCAGGGAGAGAGACCAGGACUGGUACCCAUUCCUGUCAGCCUGCUGGGGCGGGAAGGUUUUCUCUGAUGUUCGGGGAAGGAGCCAGUGCUCCUUGCGUGCUCUCAGCCUGCUGAAGGGAAGGGACUGUGCCCAGGAUGGAAUUUUCAGACUUGCUCCAGAGCUAGGCGGCCUGAGGGAGCUUCUGACAGGCCUUGGCUUUUCUGGUUUCCCACCAUUUUGCCAAAUACCUUUAGGCCCUGGAGGCUGCUAAGGGAGCUUAGCCUAAGCCCAGCCUGGUCCUCCUUGGUGCAAGUUCCCUGCUUGCCUUUGUCUUGCCCUUGGCAGCUGCCACCUUAACGCCGCCCUACCUGGUCUAGCUGAUUUCCACAGCUCAGCCCUCAGUUGUGCAUGCUGGAGAUUUCUGGAUCCUUCCCUGGGAGGGGGAGGUCUCCUAGCCAGAUUGGACAGGAGCCUUCAUUCCUUGACUUGUGUCAUUUGGGAGCUAUUUAUUUAUUCUUAAUAUUUAAUUUUUAACAUCCUCUCAGGGACCAGGGGCUUCCUUCUUUCCAGAGGCCCAAGUGCAUUUAUCCCAAAACAAGGCACCUUCUUGGCACCCCCUCCCCCUCCCCCAACCUCGUAUUUCCAAGACCCUAAAGUCCCUUGCCCCGUUGCUCUGGAAGUUUUGCCAAUAGGAGUGAUAGUAGCACUGAAAGCAGGCGGAAGGUGUCACCAAACCACAGACUAGCAGGGUGAAGGGAGAUCAAAUGCAGUUCCUAUUGCUGCCUCUUCUCCCUGCUGAACAUUCAAGUUGCCUGAGGGAUUGGCUGGAAGCCAGAAUUCUGGUUUUGUUUCUGGCUUGAAUAAGCCAUAUUUGGCAUGGAGUCAGUGAAGUGAAAGGGCUAGAAAAUUCAGGAGGCCCCUUCACUUGCCAGCCCCAUAGGAGGGCUGAGUUAUUUCUCUGAUCUUUCUAUUCAACUUUAGUUGUGUAAAAAGAAGUUCCAAGUGAAUGCAAGUGUAUGACAGGUCUACAUGUUAGGAGGGAGCCAAAAAGUAUUCAUUCUGCUAUGCUGAGGUAGCCUAAAGGCAUCAUAUUGGUAGCUGGGAGUGGGGAGUUUUGUUCUAAACUAUGCACUAUCAGGUUUUGGGUUGGUUUUUUUUUUUUUUUUUUUUGCAUUCAUUUCUAUAUUAAUAUGGUUAUACAGGAGCCCAGCUCUGGGAGUAACAAAAUUCUCCUUCCUCAACUCCUGAUGACUACCUAGACCUCUAACUUCCCAGUGAGUUUCUUCCAUAGGUUUCUACACGCUCAAUAGCCCAAGAUUGCAAAAAUCUCCUAUAUCCUCCCAAAACAGGAAGGUAGCAAAUUUAGGCUGUUUUCUAAAUCACAUGUGUAAUAUGAGUGCCUUCGCAGCUUUGCCCCAAAGUGCUACUUAUGUUCCCCAAGGUUUUUUUCUAUUUAAACCGCAUUUAGUUUCAGGCCACUUUUUGGACAUGUGGUAACAGAAACCUCCUUUGUCUAGAGUGAUUUUCCUCUUCUAAGCUCACAGAGACAAAAGCAGGUGAAUAUAGAUGGAGAAAAUCAAGACGGUACCUCUCCGUAUUAACCCCACCCAACAUCAUAUUUUAGAAGGGUUUAUGUUCCAGAACGAAUUUAUAUAUAGAAUGCAGUGUAAAAGGUGAAAUGUUUAGCAAACAGAUGCAGUUGUGGCAGGUGACCUGCCAUAAAGUAGGUGCAGCCACAGAAACUGGCAUAGGUAUAUCCUUUAUGGUGCUUUCUCCCUGUGAACACGUUCGGCUUGUAUUUUUUUUUCUUCUACUCAAAACUCUUUGCUUAAAGAAGUUAAACGAUAAACACCUUCAGCUUUAUAAGGUUCUCCCCACACCAUCUCACAUAUCCAUCUCUCAGCCUCCAUCUACACUCAGCUAAGGGCAUGAAAUUAACCUAGUGCCUAUGUUCUGGACCAUCUCUGAGGUCUCUUACCCACCCGCGGAGACAGUGCUUCAGCACUGUCCUCCAUGCCUUCAGCCACCCCCCUCUCAGCUAAGGUACACAACCCAUCGUUUCUGCUGCCCACUUCCACCCUGGCACAGAGGUCGUGUGCUGCUUAUGUCUAAAGGGAUCCCAUAUAUUUAACUGCCUCAGUGACCUAACCUCUUCUCACGUGCCAGAUGUUAAGAUGAAGGAGGAAUACAACACAUAUUCAAGCCUCAGCUAUUUAAAUGUUUUUAUUGAGGCUCACUUUUCUUGCAUGGUAUUUAUUACCAGACUGGCAAGCCUAACUUCUUAGGUUUACAGGAAGUAUGCAUAUUUUUAUAAAACAAUUGUAUGUCCUCCCCAUAUUUUUGCUGUUAAUAUUUGCCUCUAACAAUUUGCAGCUGUUUCACCUUUUCCUCAUUUGUCUCUCAGUCGAAGGCCUUGUUGGAGGGGACAGAGCACAGGAACAGCCUUGACAGUCUGUAAUUAUUGUACAAAUAUUUUAAUAGCAUAUAAAUAAGUAUAUUCCUUUUAUUUUGAAAAAAAAAUCAGACACUGCCUUCUGUGUGUUUGCUGCCUGUGGCACCCUUUUUUAAAAAGACUGUUACAUAUUAAAAUAGUGUACAUAUAUAUAAAUAUUACCUCUUUUGCUGUACAGUUGUGAUAGACCAGACUGAAGAUUUUAUUUUUUGUGUGCUUUUUAUAAAAAAAAAAAAUUAACACACUAAAGAAAAUCUUGCUGAUGUGAUUGUAAUGUACCUAUGUAACUUAUUUACUUUUGAAUGUUCUUCUGUAUCUUUAAACCUUUUAUUAAAUAAGGUUUUAAAAAUU